AUGAAUUAUCUUCAAAAUCAAAAACCAUAUGAGGUUUUGUCGUUGUCUCCGAUUCGCGAGCACGUUUACGGCAUCUAUGAAUCAUCGAAACGAAUAUCGAAUAUGCAAAUGCUUGCGAUAUUCGGUAUAUCGCUGAGUGCGUUGACAAUCGUUUCAACUUUCAUUUCGGUACCUAUGCUCAUCAUAAAACUUAAUGAUAUGCAAAUCAAGGCUGCAAGUGAUAUGAACAUUUUCAAGAAAAGAUCAGAUCAGCUAUGGGGGGAUAUUCAGCAAAUCCAAAAUCAUCUGCGAACAAAACGUCACAAGAUGAAUGCGAUGAAUUCGGAUGGUACUGUACAAUUACCGAAGGGAUUCAUUCCGACUGUUUUUCGAAGACUUAAAAUGCAAGGAAAUAAAAUCUUCGAAACGAAUGAACAUGAAAUGAAAUCGUUGCGUGGCAGUGAUCCACAAGAUACGACACUGAGUGAUGAGUUGAAAGGAAAUCUUUGGCUGCCAAGAUCGAGAAGAAUGUUCGCAAAACGGAUAUCAGUUGGUGACCGUAGCUUGACGCGUGAGCAGGUGCUCAGUGAUGAUCGCCGAAUAACCAAGAAGAAGAAGAAGAAAAUGAGUGGUACAACUGGCAAUUAUGGUUCAUCGGAAUAUCCGACGUCAAGUUAUGCCGGAACAUACAGUAUUCCAUCGUUGAGUGAAUAUAUCAAUGUUGAUUCUGGAUCUGAUCGCUGUCAAGGUCCACCAGGUACACCAGGAGAAGCUGGACUUAACGGAAUCAAUGGAGAACCAGGACAAGAUGGAAUGAUCGGAAUUGAUGGUGAUCUGUUGUAUCUUUACGAAGAAGAGUGUUUCGUUUGUCCUCAAGGAGAACAAGGAUUCACUGGAGCAGUUGGCGAACGUGGCUUGCGAGGUGAAAAGGGAGAGCAGGGAUAUGCAGGCAUUGAUGGCAUCCCAGGCAAGAACAGUGAUCAGCAAGGGCCACCAGGUGAUGUUGGUUUGCAAGGUGAAAAUGGAUUACCCGGAACACAAGGUCCAAUGGGCGAUAUGAUUAUCAGUGGAAUAGGAUCACCAGGUAGUCCUGGACCUCCUGGUGAGCCUGGUCUGCGUGGUUUACCAGGACUCCGUGGAUUCGAUGGUGUGUCCGUACUUGGUCCUGAUGGUCCCCGUGGUCCAACUGGAACGCGAGGACGUAGAGGCGAAACUGGUGUGAUGGGUCCCACAGGUGAUGCAGGAUAUCCGGGAGACGAUGCCGGUUACUGCCCAUGCCCGGAGAGAAUAACGUCUUCAGUUGAAAGAGAUGUAUUUGGGCGUGAUGACGUGCAACAAUUCAUGGAUAAUGAUUUACCACCGAUGAGUGUACAGCAAUCGAGACCCAGAGUAUUUGCAAGCAAAACAAUACAGCGUACUCAACACAGCCGUUCAUCACCUGGGGUUCGACCGUUUGAUUUCGUCGAAUGUGAUUAA